AUGCAAAGCGAGGUCUCUGGCCAUAUUGGCUCAAAAGGCAAUCGUUUCUGCCGCAAAUGCCAGGUCGGGGGGACUACUGCACACAAGGUGUCCGACUGCGGUUUCCAUGAACUGUUUGAGCCCGGCAUCCCUCGUACCAAGGAUUAUGUGUUAUCGGAGUUGCGCGCGCAGGUGGGUAUGGCCUGCAGCGGGAUAUCACGCAUGAAAUUAGCGGAGGAGCAGCGUCUCACCGGUGUCAAGGAUGCCUAUACACAGCAUUGGAUUACCGGCCUUAUUGAUCGUCAUGCACAGCUACGCGCGGCAGAUGUUGAGCGUUCCGUUGCAGCUAUCAAGGCCGAGUUGACCCAGUGGACAACGGAGAAUGACGAAAAAAUUUACAGUGCAUUCUUAACAACAAAGGGCUUUGAUCCAACUUACCGCGAUACACCAGUGGAGCUGCUGCAUACGAUCUUGCUCGGAGCAGUCAAGUAUGUAUGGCAUGUGUCACACACGUCCUGGUCGCAGGAAGCAAAGGAGACAUACUCUCUUCGAUUACAGGCUGCACAAACGGACGGUCUAUCAAUCCACGCAAUCCGUGCUGGCUAUAUCAUGCAGUAUGCCAACUCCCUGAUCGGCAAGCAGUUGAAGACAAUUGUACAAACUGGUGUGUUCCACGUAUAUGACCUGGUACCAGGAGACCAUCUCGCAGCGUGGCGAGCCCUUGGCGAGCUCUCAGCUUUACUCUGGGUUCCCGAAAUUCAAAACCCCAAUGAAUAUCAGAAUGAUCUCAAGCAGGCUGUUGCAAAUCUUCUGGAUGCUAUUGCCAUCAUUGACCCAUCAAAAAUCGUCACCAAGAUCAAAUAUCACCUUCUUUCCCAUGUUGCCGCUGACGCUGCAGCCUUUGGACCUCUCAUUGGCCUUGCAACUGAACUCUUCGAGAGUUUCAAUGCCGUAUUCCGCUACUGCUCUAUUUUUUCUAACCAUCUUGCUCCGAGUCGUGAUAUUGCAUUGCAACUCGGAGAUCAGGAAGGUCUUAAACAUCGACUAACCGGUGGACUAUGGCUUAGUGCUUCCACAAAACAGUGGGAGACUGCAGGUCCUGGUGAGAUUAUCUUCCCUGCACGGAUCCUGGAGAUUCUCUCUGGUGCCAGCCCAGGAGACAAUAUCAUUGUUGUUGAACGCUUUCAGUGCUCUUCCACCCGUGAUACGAUCUACGGAAUGCCCAUCCUUACCCGUCCAAAUGGCGAACAUGUUCUAACUAUUAUUCGGGCCACAGAUAUCAAAUACAACUUCAAUGCUCAGCAUGACUGCCAUGCUGCAGGAUGUGCACCGACCGGGGUCCGUCCCAUAAUGCAGGAGCGAGUUGAGUCCGAAAAAACAGAGCGGUUCAUUAUUCAUGCUGAUAUGGAUCGUUUCAUCGUCAACACUCAUGCAUUCCACAAUGCACAUCUUAUUCGAGCAACACUCUCUCGUGCGCUCUGGGAACCAACCCCACUCCUUGAAGAUCGUCAAGCAAAACACACUGAGCUUGCCUCUCAACUACGUGCAAAGAAGUCAAAAGGUGCUACAGCUGCUAGCACCGGGGGGACUGAUGUUCCUGACAACACCCAACACAAUUCGAAACCAGGGCUAGGCCGUGGCCGUGGUCAAGGCCGUGGUCGGGGCCGCUCAAGAACAGGAACGGGAAUGGCGGCGAGAAGUGCAAAUGGUGCAUCCAGUAGCAAGCGGCGGCGCUCAAUAUCCUCUCAUGAAGAUGCACCACCUCAUAAACGCGGCAGACCAAGGAAGAGCCAGCCCCGAAUUGUUCUCCCCGCGGUUUCUAUUGCCAUCACAGGCAACACAAGUCUAGCUGCUGGCAGAACAAGGAGGGAGAUCACACGGACGGCACGUGCUGUUGCCUCUGAAGCGCAGGAGGCGGAAUUUGGAUCAGAUGAAGAUGAGCUGGACUCAGAUAACUCAGGUACCACAGACUCAGACUCGGAGCAGGAUUUGAGUCCAGGUGAGGAGUUGGAGGAUGAGUAG